AUGCGAGAACUCAUGUUUCUCGAAAUGUUAAUUGGUUUCUCUAUCCUCGCAACGGCGAUCCCGAAGCCGGACAACGAACAUCACGUUUUACACAAGGAUGAAAGUCACUAUAUCAACUCGCAACACAAUUCAGCUUUCGAUCACGAAGCUUUCCUCGGAGAGGAAGCUAAGACUUUUGAUCAUCUCAGUCCUGAGGAAAGCACUAGGAGACUAGGAUUGAUUGUUGACAGAAUAGACAAGGAUAAAGACGGCUACGUAACGCAAGAAGAGCUUAAAGACUGGAUAAUGUAUACACAACAGCGUUACAUCAGAGAUGAUGUGGAACGACAAUGGAGUUCUCACAAUCCAGAGGGAAAAGAAAAAUUGCCUUGGACAGAGUACAAAAAUAUGGUUUAUUAUGAUAUAGACGAGCGUGAGAAAGAAAACGAGAACAAAUCGGCCGAUACAUUUUCAUAUUUACAAAUGCUCAAGAGGGAUCGCAGAAGAUGGUCGACCGCGGAUUUGGAUGGCGAUGAUGCUCUGACCAAGGAGGAAUUUACCGCUUUUCUUCACGCAGAGGAGGCAGAGCAUAUGAAAGAUGUGAUAGUGUUAGAAACAAUGGAAGAUAUUGAUAAGGACGAGGAUGGCAAAAUAUCGCUUACAGAAUAUAUUGGUGAUAUGUAUAGAGAAACUGCAGAUGAAGAGGAACCAGAAUGGGUGAAGAAUGAGAAAGAACAGUUCUCAUUGUACAGAGACAAAGAUGGAGAUGGAUUCUUGAACGCUGAUGAGGUAAAGACGUGGAUUAUUCCCGCGGAAUUUGAUCAUGCAGAAGCAGAGGCUAGGCACUUGAUUUACGAAGCAGACACGGACGCUGAUCACAAGCUCACGAAAGACGAAAUCUUGGAAAAAUACGACGUCUUCGUCGGAUCUCAGGCAACAGACUUUGGCGAAGCACUAGCGAGGCAUGACGAAUUUUAACGAGAUGCAAUCUCAUAAAGAAGAAUCUAACGAACAAAUUACUUAUAACAAUCUACUUAAGAUCUAGUUCCACAAAUUUAAUCAUUUAUGAAAAUAUUUAUCUACUUAUUUUAUUAUAUAUAUAUAUUAUAUAUAAUAAUUCUUUUUUACAUGUCAUUGGUAUUUAUGUAUUACGUAGUAUAGAGAAAGAAACUGCAUGAAAUGCUAUAAGCUGCCAAAAAAAAACUGUGAAGAUUGACUCACAAGCUAUUGUUACAAUAAAGUUUUUAAUAUUGUCAUAUACUAUUGUUUUCUUUGAAUAUCUGAGCAAUAUCAAUUCCUUUAUCAGCGUAAAUCAGUGUAUAUGACGUGAUUGUCCGGUGUGAUAUCAAGAAUAUAAUAUCAUUGUAUGAGACCGUCGAUCGAAGUUAUCAGAUAAGAGCUUGUCAUUCUCGUAGCAACUAGAGUAAUGCGCAAAAUAUUGCACAAGUUACGUCGCCAAAAUACAUAAAAAUGAAGAAGAUAUAUUUGAUUGGACAUAUAACAAUUUUUAAUGUGCUGUUAGUAAUGGGAGACCAAGAGUGCUUUAGAUAUACAUGGCCAGGUCCAAGGCUAACUGCAAAAGAUGUAAACUGCACAGAUUAUGCAGAAACACGCCCAUACGUCCCUUGCAUAGACCCAAUUUAUGAGAGUAUUCAGAUGCCAAGUACAAAUUACGUAUGGGAAAGUAAACAAAAUAAUAAACCAAUAAAUGUCACUGAUGUGAACGAGUUUUUUUGUCAUAUGGAAAAAAGUAA